AUGCCUUCAUACAAGAACGACCCUCCGGACCAGGAGUAUCUAGACUCGAUCAAGAAGCAUACCGACAAGGAAACAAACAAGGUCGAUAUGCUUAAGCUUAAGUUGCAGGUCAAUCUCGCGCUCGUGGCCAAGGAUUUUGGCUAUGCUAGUGGAAAGUCGUUUCAGAAGAAUGAUAUUGAAACUAACUUCAUUGAUCAGCCAGAGAUAUCUUCCACCGAGGCGGCUCCCACUGAGGUAGCUCAGACUCCCCCGAAGGAAACCAUCAAGGCCACAAAGAGCAUCAUGGAUAUUGUGAACGAGCACAUACACACGUAUUUAGCCCAACGUGGCUCCGUGGACAAGAGCAAAAGCUCGGAGGAGAAGCAGAAGAAGCAUUCUUAA